UUUCCACUUUCCACACUCUCUCUCUCAUUCACCGUCUCCCUCUCUCUUUGUUUUUCUGUCUCAUUCCCCCCUCUUUGUUCCCUCUCUUUAUACUUCGUUAGCCCCUUGUCUCUCUCAAUCCGAAUCAAAGACAGCUACCACCUCCGGCACCAUCAACACCUCACCUCCGGAACCGUAGCUUGAAUCGGCAUUGUGGAGAAGCAGUAACCCUAGCUUUAAUUGGCGAUCUUUGAAUUCUAGAGUGAGAGCUUGAAUCAGAGGAUAUACUUGGGGCUUUUGAGAGGUGGAGUCAUAGAGAGACCUUACCUGCUGAUGCACAUAAGAAGGUUAGGUUAAUGUGCUCCUAUUGUAAGAGGCAUAAUGAAACCGAAGUCCCAGAUCCUUACCAUAGUGGAUCGCAAGGCUUCAAAAAGCUACUCUUGGAUUUUCUGAUCUUCUCUGUUGCUAGUUUUUCGCCUUUGAUGAGGUAUCCUGCUCUGGGUGACAAGGAAUUGAUGGCUAUUGUUGAGAAAUUCAUUUUGGAACAAUUAAACUUGAUAAAAGUUUCAAUAUCAGAGAUUAAGGUAAUGAAUGCAUGCUCUUCAGUUUCUUGCUACUGUAAGAAUCAAGUUAUAAAAUUUUACCUUUGUUAAAAAAAAAAUGAUACUGUUCAUUUCUCCAAUGAACAAAAUAUCCACAAGUUAGAUUCUUGGGAUCUAUGACAGUUUCACUUAUAUUAAUCGUUCAUUUUUUGUCUGUGGCAUUUCUGGUGCCUUUGUCAUUAUUUGGAGG